AUGGAACCAGCGCUGGAAGGCGGGACAGGUGGAUCGCUAGAACAGACAUCGGUGGAAUAUGUGGCGGUUCCUUCGAUUUCUAGCGCUUCCCAAUCGAUGAUAGCUGAAGCUAGCUCGCGGAGAGGCACCAAAAACCUUACGGAUGCAGCCUACUGGUCUAAGGUUGAUCAACGGUCGAGGAUGUCGUGUCCAUGUGUCCCUUCAUUUCUGUGGUCUGUGGUGUUGGCGGCGACGACCGGAAGUGUGCUAUUUGGGAUUAAUACGGCGGUUUUGAAUACAUCUGCGGAUUACAUCGCGAGCGAACUAAAGUGGUGUGGCUCAGAAGGAUACGUCGGAUGCGACAAAGCAAUGUGGUACAAGACUUUUGUGUCUACCGCAGUGUUCGCGGGGGCGGCGGUAGGCGCAUUGAGUUCUGGAAAGUUUACCGAGAAAAUGGGUUUGCAACGGACGUACACCCAUGUGGCGCUGCCGAUUUUUGCUUUGAGCAUAAUCGGUUCUGCCUGUGCUAACAGCUUCGUAUCGUUGCUGUGGAACCGCUUGGUAGUGGGUUUCGCUGUGGGAAUAGCGUCCGCCUUGACUCCAAAUUACAUUGCGGAAAUUGCUCCGUCUGCGAAGCGCGGCAAGUGCGGUGUUGCGCAUCAGUUGCUGGUCGUGCUGGGGCAGCUCGUAGCGAUGUUGUUGGGGCUUGCAUUCACUACGGUUCCGACAGCGGACGAUGACGAGUCGGAGCCGACGAAGGAGCAGCAGCGGUGGAAAGCGCCUGUCAAGAACAAGGUGUGGUGGCGCUUUAUGCUGGCAGUGCCAAUCAUUCCGACCUUGCUGGGCAUGAUCUAUUUUCUGUACGUGUACACGUUCGACACUCCCUGCGGCUUGGUGCACCAGAAGCAGGACGCACAGGCCCGGGCGUUGCUGCAGCGGCUGAGCGGGACGGACGAAGUGACUGAGGAGUUGCGAGAGAUCCGGAAGAGCGACGCGAUGGCGCAAGAAAUGGCGAAGAAGCAGAUUCCUUUUGGCCAGUUGUUGCAGCAGCCCGGCUACGGGAAGGCGCUGGCCGUGGGCGUAGGGCUGGCGAUAUUCCAGCAGAUCACCGGCAUCAAUGCGUUCGUGGCCAACAGCAACCGGCUCUUUCAGGAUGCUGGUCUGAGCGCGACGGCAGCCACCUAUGCGUCGAUCGGGAUUACCUGCAUCAACGCACUUUGCACGUUCAUUCCGCUCUUCAUCCUGGACAAGCUGGGGCGCAAGACGCUGCUCUUUUGGGGGGCUAUUGGCAUGACGCUUGCCACGGCGCCCGCGACCGUCUGUUACUGGGUCGAAUGGAACAAGGACAAGUCCAGUACGGCGGGCAUGGCGCUUGCGAUCCUCGGCGCCUGUCUCUUCAUGUUCUUUUUCGCCGUCUCCGUCGGGCCCAUCACCUGGGUCUACAUCGUCGAGGUCUUCCCGCUCGAUAUGAAGGCCGUCGGGUCUGCCAUCUGCAUCGCCGCCAACUGGCUCGCCUCUAUCGUCAUGGUAUUCAGCGCCGGCUUCCUCCCAGCCAAAGUCGCCUACACCAUCUUCACCAUCGCUUCCGCGCUCUUCGUGGUCUUCGUCGCACUCUGUGUCCGCGAGACCAAAGGCCGCAGUCUCGGCGACAGUCCCUUCGUCAACUCCGAGACCGCUCUCCAAGCUGCGCCUUCCGGCCUCCCCGAGCCGUCGCCCCCGCUCGCCCCCUAG